AUGCAAACUCCAAAGUCAUACCUUCAUCCUCCUACUUACGGAAACCUAAUAACGGUUUUGAGUAUCGAUGGAGGUGGCAUACGAGGAAUCAUCCCCGGGACAAUUCUUAAGUUUCUUGAGUCUGAACUUCAGAAACUCGACGGUGGGCAUGUAAGGCUUGCAGAUUACUUCGAUGUAAUUGCUGGAACUAGCACCGGAGGUCUAGUGACAGCCAUGCUAACUGCACCCGAUGAAAAUAAUCGUCCAUUGUUUGCUGCAAAGGAUAUUAAUAAUUUUUAUCUUGAGCACUGCCCUAAAAUCUUUCCUCAAGACAGAUCUUAUUUUUGUGGUCUUAAAAAGAUGAUGAGAUCCUUUUAUGGGCCAAAAUAUGAUGGAGCUUAUCUUCAUAGAAUCAUUAGAGAAAAGCUUGGAAACUUAAGAUUACACCAAACACUUACUAAUGUGGCAAUACCAGCUUUUGAUAUCAAGGAACUCCAACCAACUAUUUUUUCAACAUAUGAGGUAAAGCAUAGCCCUGUCAUGAAUGCAUUACUUUCGGAUAUAUGCAUCUCAACAUCAGCAGCUCCGACAUAUCUCCCCACAUACCAUUUCCAAAACAAGGACCAUUCCGGGAAGAUUAGAGACUUCAACUUGACAGAUGGUGGUGUCGCUGCAAAUAACCCGACCCUAGUUGCAAUCGGGGAGGUGACAAAACAGAUCAUGAAGGGAUCAACCGAUUUUUCUACUAUAAGCCAAAUGGAUUAUUCGAAACUUUUGGUAAUAUCUUUGGGGACAGGUUCAGCUAAAUGUGAGGGGAAAUAUAAUGCCAAAGAUGCAGCUAAAUGGGGUGCAAUCAAAUGGAUCUCCCAUGAUGGAUCAAUCCCUAUUAUUGAUGUCUACACUCAAGCUAGUGCUGAUAUGGUUGAUAUUCAUCUUAAUAUUAUUUUUCAAACUCUUGAUUCCAAAAAGAAUUACCUACGUAUUCAGGAUGACAAUUUAACAAAUGGACCAUUAAGUUCAGUUGACAUAGCUACCAAGCAAAACCUCCAAAAUCUUGUCAAAGUCGGGGAUAAAUUGUUGAAGAAACCUGUCUCAAGAGUAAAUAUACAAAACGGAAUAAUUGAACCUACGUCGGAUAAUGAGACCAACGAACAAGCUCUCGUUAGGUAUGUACCAUGA